AUGGAUGUCCAUCUUGCAGAGGCAGCAGAAAUAAAUGAGAUUGACACGCUGUCCUGAGGCCAGAAUAGCUCUCACCUUUUACACCAUUAAGAAUAUUGGUCACACGUUCGCGUCUGCACCUCCUGUCCGUCCCGUUUUUGAGCGUCUUAAAAUAGAAGACGUCAAGAUGCAAGACUCGAGUAACUGCAGGAAUAAAUCUCAGCGGCCUCUUAAAUAAAUGAAUUAAGCGGGCAAUUUGCCUGGUGGAGUCAUCCCGCAGACUCUAACGCACAGAGCGCUUCUCCACCUGCGUUCAGCUGGAUUUAUGAACUCUGAACACUGGUAAAAAAAAAAAGUGUCCCGUUCCUGACGCGCUGUCUCUCAGUUUUAUGGAGCCAUUCAUUCAUCCUCUGUCAAUUUACAAGCGCAGAAUAUGCAGAGGAGGGAGAUGACAUGGACACUUCUGAAGCGUAUAUAAACCCAGGAGGAGUUUCACUGAGGAGAAACUCCAGGCUGAAGGCUUCAGUUGUUUGUGUCUGUUGGUGUCAUCAUGAUGUGGAAGUUGCUUCUGCUCUUUGCUUUGCUCCUUACCGUCCUCGAACCUCUGCUCGGUCACCCGGUGGUGCAGUCGGCGGAGAUGAGCUUCGGCAGGCCCGGUCUCAGAACAGCAGGAUUUGUCCCCAGUCAAGCUGUAAAAGAGGCCUUGCUGGAAAAACCGCUGUGGAGUCGUUUUCUGGGCAGCAGAAAGCAGUAUCACAAACGCGGCAGCAACACAGAGUGCUUCUGGAAAUACUGUGUGUAAAAUACCAACAACACACACACACUCUCAUGCCCUUCACCUGACAUUUACAACAACUCCAAUGCACUAAACAUGCAGAAAAAAACCUAAAAAGAUCUUGAUGUUUGUAGAAAAAAUAGCUGGUUAUUUAUUUGUACUCUUUACCUUUGAUGUAAAUAAAGUAAAUAUGUA